UUGUGUAUCAUUUGAAAGUUGUUUACAAUAUUCAUACACUACUUUUUGACUUGCCAUUGUUAAGUUGUGUUAGUCGGUGGUUUUAAUGACGAGUUGAAAGUUAAAAUCGGGACUAAACUUGCAUUUUAUCCGGUCACGGUCAAGUUUUACCAGAUAUGACCGGUGUGGAGGAUGUACCAUUGCGCCGCGGCCACCCUGAUUUGAGCUCAUUCGAGGAGGUCAGUCCUAAAACGAAUGGGCUGGCACCCUGUGCUGUAGAGGAGGAGCUUGAACCUGAGCUGGACCCAGUCCCAGAAGGGGCUCGACCCAUCCAGAUCGUGAUAGCCAGUGAGGAUGAUCAUAAAUUUGAGUUGGAUGCCACUGCUCUGGAAAAGAUCCUAAUGCAGGAACAUGUCAGGGAUCUCAAUGUUGUUGUGCUGUCUGUGGCCGGUGCCUUCCGGAAGGGAAAGUCAUUCCUACUGGAUUUCAUGCUACGUUACAUGCACAGUCAGCCAUCUGAGUCAUGGAUGGGAGGUGAUGAUGAGCCAUUGACAGGUUUCUCAUGGAGGGGAGGAUGCGAGAGAGAGACCACAGGAAUCCAGGCUUGGAGUGAAGUGUUUGUUGUGGAAAAGCCGGAUGGAACUAAGGUGGCUGUUUUGUUGGUGGACACUCAGGGAGCGUUUGACAGUCAGUCCACCAUCAAAGACUGCGCCACUGUGUUUGCUCUAAGCACCAUGACCAGCUCUGUACAGGUUUAUAAUCUUACUCAAAAUAUACAAGAAGAUGAUUUGCAGCAUCUCCAGCUAUUCACAGAAUAUGGUCGACUUGCAUUGGAGGAGAUCUAUGAGAAACCAUUUCAGAAACUGUUGUUUCUGAUCAGAGACUGGUGUUUCCCUUAUGAGCACAGUUAUGGACUGCAUGGAGGAAAUGGUUUCUUGGAGCGGAGAUUAAAGUUGAAGCCAAAUCAACACGAAGAGCUGCAGAACGUUAGGAAGCACAUCCAUGCUUGUUUCUCCAGCGUCGACUGCUUCCUUCUGCCACAUCCAGGUCUAAAGGUGGCAACCAACCCACACUUCGAUGGCAGACUGAGAGACAUUGAUGAAGAGUUUAAAAGGGAGCUGCACAAUUUAGUGCCUUUAUUAUUGGCACCAGAGAACCUGGUAGAGAAAGAGAUUGGCGGAGCCAAAGUCACUUGCAGAGACCUACUAGAGUACUUCAAGGCAUACAUUAAAAUCUAUCAAGGGGAGGAGCUUCCACAUCCUAAAUCUAUGUUGCAGGCGACUGCUGAAGCAAACAACUUGACAGCUGUCGCAGGAGCAAAAGACACCUAUAGCAAAACUAUGGAGCAGAUAUGCGGAGGGGACAAACCGUACAUCGCCCCCAUCGACCUCCAGCGCUAUCAUGAAGAACUCAAAGACGCCUCUGUCAAGCAAUUUUCUGCGGUUAAGAAAAUGGGUGGUGUUGAGUACAGUCAGCGCUACCAGCAGCAGCUGGAGACCGAGCUGGAUGAGGUGUACACGAAUAUCGUGAAACACAACGAAAGCAAAAACAUUUUCUAUGCAGCGAGAACUCCGGCCACACUCUUUGCGGUCAUGUUCGUCGCCUACAUGGUCUCCACUGUAACGGGCUUUAUCGGCUUGUCGUUCAUCUCGGCAUUGGCCAGUCUUGUGAUGGGGGUGUCGCUGCUGUCAUUGUGCGCCUGGGCGUACGCAAGAUACUCAGGAGAAUAUCGAGAAGUGGGCGUGGCUAUAGAUCUUACAGCAGAGGCUCUGUGGGAACAGGUGCUGAAACCACUUACAGAGCAAUACAUGCAAGACAACGUCCGACAGACUGUAGUAAACUCUAUAAGAGCCACGUUAACAGAUCAGUUGACACAGACAACAAAGUUGAAGGUCAACUGACAGUUUGCGACGCCUUUUUGAACAAGCAGUGCUUUUAGUUUUCCUUUGAUGUUAUUUUCUUAGACUGGAGACUCUAACUAAAGUUUACAGCAUAGUUUACCCUGAACAAUUAUGCAUACACAUACAUUCACAUUUACAAUUCAGAUUACAUAAUAUAAGAAGAUAAACAUGCAGGUUUGGUUUUUGUGAAGUUAGGGGUUUAUUUAGGAAAGUGCUACAAACGUUUGGCAACCUAAACACUAGAUCUGUAAUCCCUUAUACACUUAAUAGUCAAGUCACUGGUUUUAAACUGAGUAAUAUAAGAGAUUUUAUUUUAAGAUUUGAAUUUUACACAUACAGUUGUGAAACUCGUGCUGGAUUUCUUGCAACUUGUUUUUAGAGCCGUUCAGGAAUGCUGAAGUCGUAAAUCUAUCCGAAAAUCCCCUUAAGCGGCCCACUUUCUGUACAGUGUUGUUUUCGACUGUAUCAUAGUCUCAUGCAUGUAAAUGAGUGUACAAAUAUCAUUGCUACUAUUGUAGAUCAUAAAUGGGUUUAAGAGAGAUGUUUUGAGAUGAGUAUGACUGUGAUGUUCUGUUUGCCUUGAUUUGUUUUAAAGUUAAGAGCACCAUGCAUUGUGCACAGCUUUGUGAUGUAUGGAAGUGCUCAUGGUUUCACUUGAUUUGUCUUUUAAGGUCCUGUAAUUUAUUUUUUAAACGAUUAAAAUAUUUAAACUGUU